CCAAGCGUACCUAGGUCGGGACAUAAUUUUUGACCUCCAUCCAAUUUCUUCGGAUCUAUCGUGGUUGUCUACUCGUCGUGCUUGUUCGGCACACAUGGCUUCUUGUCAGCUAUAUCGAUCGUGCAAUUGUCUUGACAUGGCCGCGUAGAUUCUUCACAAGACCAAUUUGGAUCAAAUGCUACAACUGUGACCAGCGACCCACUGGAAAAUAUAUUUCGUGAUACAACCAUUCUCAACUUCUAAACUGCCCCAGUUCCAUCCAAGGACACGAUCCCACAAAGCAAAGAGUACCAGUCAUGAGCGCCACUAGAGAGGAGGAUCUCUAUGAGAUCCUUAACAUCCAACGGACUGCGACAAAGGCUGAGAUCAAGAAGGCAUAUCACAAGGCCGCUUUAAGUUCGCACCCAGACAAAGUCGCGGACGAUCAGAGAGAAGCAGCAGACGCCAAGUUCAAGGACAUAUCUCGGGCCUACGAAAUCCUCAGCAGCGACCACGAUCGCGCACUAUAUGAUGAGCAUGGCAUGGCAGCUUUCGAAAAAGGUGGACCUGCCCAGGCCGGCCCCGACCUGGACGACAUUUUCGCACAGAUGUUUGGCGGUGGCAUGGGAGGUGGAUUUGAAGGCAUGCACGGGUCAUUCGGCGCUGGCGCCGGCGCCCCUGGCUCAAGACGGAAAGCAUCAAAAGGUAGAAACGAGUUGCAGCAAUAUGAGGUUACCCUAGAAGAGCUGUACAAGGGCAAAACAACCAAGUUUGCAAGCACCAAGAAUGUUAUUUGCGACAAUUGUCACGGAAGUGGUGGCAAGAAUGACAAGAUCGCUCCCAAAUCCUGCGGCACCUGUAAAGGACGCGGCAGUACUAUCCAGCUUCAGCCCGUUGGACCAGGGAUGGUGACACAGAGGACGGUCUCCUGCUCGACUUGUCACGGCAAGGGCAGCUUCUACGCCGAUAAAGACAAAUGCAAAAAAUGCAAGGGAAUGCGUACGAUCAAGCAAAAAAAGCUAUUGGAACUUUACAUUCCUCCGGGCAGCCGACAAGGCGAGCGCAUAGUCCUCGCAGGCGAAGCUGACCAUAGCCCGGACGACGAAUCUCCUGGAGACAUUAUCUUCGAGCUGACAGAAGCUGCACAUCCAGUCUUUCAACGUGCAGGCGACGAUCUCCACGCAGGCCUCGUUGUUAGCCUCUCGGAGGCUCUCACGGGUUUCAAUCGUGUUGUACUGCUACAUCUUGACGGUCGUGGCAUCCAGCUGAACAUCACACAACCUCCAGGGAAGGUGCUACGUCCGGACGAGGUCGUCAAGAUUCAUGGAGAAGGCAUGCCUGUGAAGCGAUCGGAGGCGAAAGGCGACCUCUACAUGUCAAUCAGCAUUGAAUUCCCGAAGGACGGUUGGCUCAAAGAUCAGACUGCAGUGGACCGGGUCAGGGCCGUGCUGCCCAGGCCAGAGGAAAAGAGUUACAAGGUUGGGGAGACUCCAGAUAUCAUUGACGAGGCAUCAUUCGAGAUUGUAGAGAAUCUGGAAGGCUUCGGUGCCGGCUCAGGAGAUCCACGAGCUGCCGCUGCUCAGUGGGAAGACGAUGAUGACGAUGAGGGCCAGGCACAGUGUCCGCAGCAAUGAGACAGUCUCUAGUGACUCUUAGAAACACCGAUGCGAUUUUACGAACAGCUGGCUAUACGAGUACCAUGACAUCGCUCACAUGGCCAAUUUCAAAUAGCCCUGGAGUUUGCAAACAAGGGCACGUGAACUAUCAUUGCAUCGCGGGUUGUACGAGCCUUCUCAUGUUGAUAACGCACCGACCUGCAAGUACUGUAUUCAGGGUUCGAUCGACCGGGGGAGUGAUAGGGUUUGGGUUACAUGGAUUGCAUCGACCAGGUUGGGAGAACAAGACAUCCGAAGUCGUGAUUUAUCAUGAAUGUUUAUGCGACCGCUUUAUUCAAACUCCAAUGGGCCGUCUGGCUCUCCGAAUGCUUGUUACCGGCGUCGCGAUUUAAACCGACUGGUCGAGUUCAAGGUGGCGAGGAAAAUGUUCGUGUGGCAUAAAGCAUAUCCCUGCA